CUUGCCUUCCAUUCAGCAGCAGUGGUUGCAAGAUACGUAUGAACAGAAACGCAUUUCGAUACAGAACACAGUGCACUAAGUUGCUAUUCCCGGUUGCUGAACCCUGAACCUGGUGCAAGCCAUUUUCCGAGCAUCAUUGUAGGUCAGCCACGAUAGAGAUCCAGCGGAUGUGGAGGUUCUGCUCCAUCCCCCGUGUGUGUGCCUACGUAGGGCAAAAGUGGUGAUUAAGUGCCUACCGCAGCGCAACUGUAGGUGUUUCGGUUAACUAGCGUUUGUUAUCAAGAUUCUCUGUGCACCAACUGUGAGAAAAGGUACACACAAUGUAUCACGAUAUGCUCAACAUCGUUGUGGUAGGAGAUGGCACAGUCGGAAAGACUUGUCUGCUGCAUGCCUACACAGAUGAAUCGUUCAAGGACUUUUAUCAACCGACCAUAUAUGACAAAGCGUCGAUAGAUAUGACCUUGGAUGGGCAUCGGCAUACAAUUCAGCUACACGACACUGCGGGCCAGGAAGAUUAUGAUCGUAUACGAAAACAAUUCUACAAGAAGGCCGACUGCUUUCUUCUUUGCUACAGUAUCGAAAAUCCGGUUUCAUUUAGCAAUAUCACUGAUAAAUGGAUUUCAGAACUAACUGAAGAAAGACGCAUUCCCAUCGUUCUAAUCGCCACUAAAUUGGAUCUUCGCAUGAAAGCCAGAACCGCGGUCAGCACGGAAGAAGUAGAGGAAUUGAAGCGUAAGAUCAACGCCACCUCGUUCGUGGAGUGUUCGGUAGAAGAUAAUAUUAAUGUGCAGCUUGCAUUCGAGGAAGCAGUUCGAGCGUGCUUGAGGGGAGUCCCAGAACCGGAACCAGAGAAAGGUUGCUGCGGUAUUUGUUCCAUAUCUUAGGAUCCGGAGUUCUUUUCUUGUUCCAAUGAAUGACCUGAGAAGCGAUCCUGAUUUUUUUGUUCAUGUUUUAUAGUUAUUGUUUUAUUUACAAACCUUUUUAGUCUUGUUCAGCUACCUCACCCGAUUUCAUAGUUUAUACAGAACAGAAAACUAAGAACACAUUCGAUGGAAAAGAAAAAUAAACUAAGACAAACGCACACAAGAAAAACUUAAUUAGUAAGAAAAACAUCUACGCCUCGUUGCAACUUAAUCUCCAUUAAAUUCACCCUAAAACUUCCUCCGAGUGCUAUCUUUCUCAUCGGAGUGGCCGACCCGACCACUGAUCACAACUGAGAGAGCCAAGAUGGGAAC